AUGGGAGGCUUUGAAGGUCAUCUGUACCCAGGGCUGUCUCUCUUCUUCUAUGGACUUUAUCAGGCACGACUCAUCUCCAGGGCCUUGAUAUGCAACUACGCUGUCCAAUAUCCACCACGCCAUCCCUGGACCAAAGGAAGAUGGGCGAGGCUAAGGCAGAUAUAUUGUGUUGGGUCAGUGAAGAUAUUGAGCGCCUGCAUUUUAGUAGCCCAAGAGCUGCAUAACAUUCAUGGACAGUUUGUACUUAUCAGCAAGAGGUAUCAUCAGAGAAACUUGUUAUACCACAAACAGUGGCAGCAUCUCACUCUCUAUAUGACCUUCUUCCUGAGCAGGUGUGCAGAUGCGGUAAGCAAGAACCUGCUGCCCCAGAGGUGUGCAGCUCCGGAGCAAGGUGCCCAGACCCUGGGCAUAUUUCUCUUUCUGCCCCUGAUGGUGUGUCACAUGCAGGACUCAGAGGGAGUGGAGCUGCAGGCUCACCUCCUGCACAUGCAGACCAUGUUACUGCUGAUGCUGGUGGUGAUUGCAGAGCUGUGGGCUCCCAACAUGCCUCAGCUCUGGGUGAUGAAGGCCUUGUUUUAUAUGAUAGCAGGCUCAUGGCUGAUACAGACAGGCUCCUUGCUGUACAAACCAAUCUCUGGCCAUAAAUGGAUGGAUGAUGACAAACACAACACCAUGUUUGUCACCACCUUCUUCUGCUGGCAUGUGGCUUCCAUUGCCAUUUUGAUGAUCUGGAUCCAUGGUUCCUCCUUUUUGUUCUAUUGUUACAUUUGUUAA